GCCCUAGCCCCAAAUCUCCAUGACAACUUCAGACACAAUCCUGAUCUGAAGGAGGAUCUGGAACGCAGAGCACAAAGAUCAUCGUGAAGAGACCAGAGGAGCCGGCGGACUGGCCACUCCUUGCGCCUCGUCUCCUGUUGGCCUCCCCACUGGCCUGGCCAGGCCCCACACCCCGGUUUCCCCGAACACCCCAAACUGAAGGCUCUGCAGGUCUGUCCCGUCGCUGGACACAGCAAGGCCUGGAUGGAGGCCCGUCUUCUGCAGCUGCCCCAGAGGCUGCUCCUGUUGGGGGCAGCCGCCCUGACGGCAUCUGCUCUGGAGACAGCCGACCUGGUGGACCUCUGCGGACAGACGUGGCAGGGGGACGGGCUGCUCCUGCGCUCGCACUCCGCGUCGCGCAAGUUCUACUUCGUGGCCCCGGACACCGACUGCGGGCUCUGGGUGCGGGCGGCGACCCCUAGCGACAGGAUCCGCUUCCAGUUCCGCUUCUUCCUGGUCUACAGCCUGACCUCCGCCUCUCCGACGUCUCAGGAGUCCCCAGCGCCCAACGCCUCCACCCCAGCGUCGGCGGUUGCCUGCGCCCCCGGCUCCUACCUGCAGUUCUACGAGGGUCCGCCAGGAGCGCCCCGACCUCUGGGCGCUCCUGUCUGCGGCCUGACUAUCCCUGUCCCGGUGGCGUCCACCGGGGACUUCCUGGGCCUGCGCCUGGUCACCAGAGGUCGCCAGCCCCGCGUGGACUUCGUGGGCGAAGUCACCUCUUUCCGGUCUGGUUUCUGUGGUCCCUACUUCCGCUGUCGGAAUGGCAGGUGCAUCCCCCCAAGCCUGGUGUGUGAUCUCUGGGGCAUGGACAACUGUGGCGACGGCAGUGACCAGGCUUCCUGGCCACCAGCCAAUUGCACAGGUCCCUCUCAGACGCCCAGCCAGGAGGGGAGUACGGACAACACCUCCAAGCCCCCAACGGCCCCCCUAGCUCUCAGGUCGGCAGGCCCCCUUGGGCUUGCGGCCGGGAGCAGCCCCCCAGCAGGCUGGGGCCCUGCGCAACGGGAUGCAGCUCUGGAAGGUCCCUGGCUGCAGAAGGUGGCGCUAGCCUCCUCGCUGCUCCUAGCCUCUGCCGGCCUCCUCACUGGCCUCCUCUGUUGGCACUAA